ACUUCAUGGCUGAAACUGUGGCAGAGCCCAUCCUGCCAGAGGAUGACGGGUGGUCCGAUUGAACCCAGAGGAGGCUGAGGGAUGAAAAUGAAGUGAGCACAUGCUGGUUCUGUCUUUGGACUUGCAGAGUGACUAAAAUAUCUCUUUAAGCUCCUUAUGGCUCUCUACUAGCAGCUUCGACUGCUCCUCUUCCUCACUCGUCCUGAAGGCCUCCCUGAAGCCAGACCUCUGAGUGUGUCGACCCCUGUGGACCAGAUGCAAGACCUUUGCCUUGGGUUUUUAUUCUUGGAUGGGUUCUGUAUGCGGGAGUGGAGUUGUUUUUAUCUGGAUCUGGACUCAGAAGACAAACGAUGCUGGACUCUGUGAAGAGCGAUGGUCCUGAUUGGUGCAGAUUUGUUUGCACGACUAAAACUGACCUGGAACGGACGUCACACUGUCAAAAAGACACCAAGAUUUAAAACUUCCUGUUUCGUGGUGCCUUCAGUUUUACUUGUAUUGAAACAAGAAUGUAUUCAUGACUAAUAAAAAAGCUGUAGCCUUAAAAACUGAAAUUUUGGCAAAACUGGAAGAACUUGGAACAAAAUUUAGGUCGACAACAAGGACCUGAUACCACUUUAGCCUUUAAAAUCACAUCCAAGAGAAAGAUUCAGACAUUUUGUUUGGUGAAACCAAACCUCUGGAGAUGUUCACCAUUCAGCACCUAGUGGUGAUAAUCAGUACUGCAGUGUGAGGAGCUUUAAAAGUUGGACCAUGUCUGCCUCUCCCUGGAUGUAGGAAACUCAAACCCUGGAGUGCCAGCAUGGCGGUCGGUAAGGUGACCUUCACCAAGGCUGAGAGAAAAAAGCUGGCUGAGGUCCUCUGGCUGCUCAACUGGAUCUCCGUGGUGACGGGAGCUAUCCUUUUCGGCAUGGGUAUUUUCCUCAAAGUGGAGAUCCAGAAGUGGCAGGAAGUGAUGUCAGAGCAGGGGAUCCUCUACGUGCCACACAUGCUCAUCACCACAGGACUGGCUGCCUGCGGCAUCAACUACCUCGGCAGUAAGAUCUGCCUGGACUGUGCGGACACCAACAAGUUCCUGCGCUGGAAGCUGGUGAUGAUGCCCUACAUCGUCUGCACCUUCUUCUUCACUGCCUGCGUCCUGGCGGGGGCGCUCCUGUGCUACAGCAUCCGCAGCCAGCUGGAGGAGUCCCUGUACUUGGGCCUGAGGAAUGCCAUGCGCUUUUAUAAGGACACGGACACGCCGGGGCGAUGCUACCUGAAGAGGACCCUGGACCUGCUGCAGAUCCAGUUCCAGUGCUGCGGGAACACUGGCUAUAGGGACUGGUUCCAGGUCCAGUGGAUCAGCAGCCGCUUCCUGGACAUGACCAACAGCAAUGUAGUGGACCGCCUGAGGAGUAACAUGGAGGGGAAGUACCUGAUGGACAGCGUUCCCUUCAGCUGCUGCAGCACCCUAUCCCCCCGGCCCUGUGUCCAGCACCAGCUCAGCGGCCUCUCCGAGGACUUCGGCUACAAUGAGCAAAACCAGCAGCUGAACCUGUGGAGGAGAGGCUGCAGACAGGCCCUGCUGGACCACUACACCGGCAUCAUGCAGUCCAUCGGCCUCACCGUGCUCCUCAUCUGGCUCUUUGAGCUGUUGGUUCURACUGGAGUCCGGUACCUGCAGACGGCCAUGGAGAACGUCAUCCGGCUGGGGGACCCGGACUCAGAGUCAGAGGGGUGGAUUCUUGAGAAAAGUCUGGCAGAAACGGCCUGCUACAACUUCGACAUCAUCAAGAACCUGGGGAAGUGCUACCAGGUGGACGACGACCCCAACAUCAACAUCCCCACGGCGGCUGCUGAGCAGGAAGUGCCGUCCCAGCAGGUCCAGGCCCAGGUCCGUGGGUCCAGCUGACAACCUGACUCAUUCAUCCUGAAGAAAAACAAACAAAACAAACUCUUGGUUUAAUAAAGUCCAGCUGAUGGACCCUAAAAGUUCUGCCUUCAGAAAAAAGAUAAAUGAACUGUUUUUUUAAAAGGAAAAUACCUUUAUAAAACAAAACCAGAUUUAUUCUGGUUUAUAACUGUGCUUUAUUAAAAUAUCAAAACCUUCUAAUAAAGGUGCUACAGUCCGAUGAUGUCAUCAGGGACCAGAAACAGCUGAGAUGAGACGAGGACGCUUCAGUCUGGAUUAGAGACGAAUGUUGACAGACGACGGUGCAGCCAAUUCUCUGAUGAAAAUCAUUGUUUUCUUUAAAAGAUCUGUUUUUUUGUGAUGUUUGUUGGUUUUGUGUACAACACUAAAUUUUAUGAAACGCAGUGAAAUCCAUGUUCUGUCAGGUGAAAACCAAACAAAACUUCAAGAACUGAAAACAAAUCAGAGAUGAUGACAAGAAACCGAGAAUCUUCAAGCUGCAGUUUCUAACACUGGACUAGGACAAAUUAAUUAAUCAAAACAAUAAUUUUAUUUUCACUGAGACCAACAGGAUUUGGUUCAGUCUGUAAAGAUGAUCUUUCAGAUGUAAAACCAGUUUCAGUACAAUCACUGAAAAUCUCGUUUUGAUUCACAAAAAAUAAUCUGAAAUAAAAUCUUGAUGCCUUUU